UUUAAAGAUGAUCAUAUCGUGGAACCAGAUACGAAAAAUCUCAAUCAGGAGGAUCCAAAGCCCGUGGGUUUGUGUCAAAGAUGGCGAAAUAGUCGGUGCCACGUCUUCUGCCGCAGAAGUUGCAUGUGCAUACUUCUGGUAGUCGUAAUUCUUCUCUGCGGUGGCAUCUACUCAUUUUUCACACACUACACGAUCGCACCGGACUUGUGCGAUACUAAGGAGUGUUUGAGGUCAGCAGCAGCUCUUCGACACAACAUGGAUCCCAGUGCAGAUCCCUGUGAUGAAUUCUACCGGUACGCUUGCGGCAAGUGGGCCGAUGAGAAUCCUCGACCCCAGCAGCAAAGCUCGCACAACUGGUUCGGACUUCGCCAGGAUAAGGUCUACGGGAUCAUACGGGACCGAUUGAUGUCGAAUGCUACGGAUGAUGAUCCUCUACCGGUUCAGAAAGCAAAAGCCAUGUAUAUGGGAUGUUUGAGCUCGGAUCAUCGAAAGAAAGAAGGUUACAAAGCUGUUGAAAAACUACUAAAGAAGGUCGGAUUGCCAUUGUUGCCAAAAUUGGUUGACGGAACUCCACUGCCCAAAAACUAUAAAUUCGAUUGGAUAAGCAGCAUUGCCAGGGUCAAGAGAAUACUGGGACUGAACGUGAUCAUCGGCUUCGACAUCGUGAACGACUUCCAGGCAAACGGGGUCAAGCGGAUGAUCCUAAGCUUUCCGAUUGAAGCGAGGAACUCUAUUUUUCCGUCCUACGAAUGGUCCAAAAAGCAGUCCGAAGUUGUAAGGAUCGAACGGGAAUUAAGUUCGAAACAUUCGGAUCAUGAAGCUACUGGAAAUCGUCAGGACGAGACUCAACAGGUGCAAACUAGUCUAACGGCACUCAUAGAACUGUUAUAUCCCAACAUUACUAUUUCGAAUAUUGAGAAAAACAUUACGAUGCAUGCUGGAGAUUAUGUAAAGAUCGUAAACAUUUUUAAAAAGGUGCCCAAAGAUGAAGACGAAGAUUCCAUCUACCAAUUUAAAGUCGAGCAGCUACAGAAUAUGACUGAUUCCAACCUCGAUAAACCAUUCCCAGUUUGGAAACCCUAUCUGGACACUCUGUUUGAAAAUCUCUCAACAGCUCGUCCAACCGGCGAUGAUGAACUUCAAAGCACCGAUCGGCAUCUGGAUUCGCUAAGUUACAUCAUCGAAGCGGUGUCAAAGCAACCUCCGGCCUUGAUAGAACUCUACGUUUGGGUCCACGUAACGGCUUUCAUCGUCACCCACAAAUUCAACCAAUACAAGGACCUAGACGAAGACGCCUGUGCCAAGCACGUGCUCCACCUGAUGGGUCUAGCCGUGAGCUACGCCAUCGCAGAUCCGGACUUCCUAACGGAAACGAAACCCCAACUGGAUCAGAUGGUCGAUAACAUCGGGAUCGCUUUCCGGCAGAUGAUGAAGGAAGCGGACUGGAUGGAUGCCGAAACGAAGCGCGCCUCAAUUGAAAAAUCCCAAGCCAUGAAAACCUUGAUCGGGUUUCCGGAGUGGAUCAUGGACGUCCAGAAGCUAACGGAUCAUUACGGAGCUCUCGAAAUCGAUGCCGAACGUCAUGUGCAGAAUUGGAUCAAUGCGGUGGAGUUUUUGAACUACAGAUGGCUGGCAUCGUGGCGCCAGAAUGUUAGCAAUAUCUGGGAUAUGAAUCCGACCGAGGUGAAUGCGUUCUUUCUACAUCACCGGAAUGCCAUUAAUAUCCCGAUUGCGAUCAUUCAGUACCCCUUCUACUACCUCGGAUUAGAGGCCUUGAAUUAUGGAGCGAUCGGAGAAAUCCUGGGUCAUGAAAUGACCCACGGAUUUGAUGACUCGGGAAUCAACUUCGACAAAUCCGGAAAUUUCGCCCAGUGGUGGUCAAACGAAACCAUCAACGAGUACCACAAAAGGGCCCAAUGUCUGGUGGAGCAAUACAGCAAGUUCUACCUCAAGGAAGCUAAACAGUUUGUUAAUGGAACUCUCACGUUGGGCGAAAACAUUGCCGACAAUGGAGGCUUGCGAGAGGCGUUCCGUGCCUACCGGGAAUACGUUAAGAUUAACGGUACGGAACCGUUGCUUCCCGGGAUGGAAGAUUUCACCCAUGAGCAGCUAUUUUUCCUGUCGUUUGCCAAUCAAAAUUGCGCCUCUGUUUGGUCGAUAGGAGCGCAAGAACUGCUGGAGGAUGAGCACAGCCCGAACGAGUUCCGGGUUCGGGGAGUGCUCCAGAAUAUGGAAGAAUUCAGUACGGCUUUCAAAUGCCCGAAGGGUAGCGCGAUGAAUCCGGAACGCAAAUGUCGGGUGUGGUGAGAGAAAUGUAAGAUAAUCUUUAAUUAA